GUGACGCGAGUAAUUUGUUGUAAAAAUUGUCCCAUUCCUAUGAGCGUUUCCGUAUAAAUAAAAAGGCAAAAGGCCAAAAGAUUCUCGACAAAACGAGCAUGUUACUCUCCAAAUAGAUAAGGAUGUAGAGUUUCGGAGGUAACAAAUACAAGAAAAAAAAGUGAAGCGUACCUAUCGCAAUCAAUAUAUAAAAAAGAUAGUUCUGUCAUAGUUAAGAAGAUCGAUAGUAGUAACGAUAGAAGAGGGGACAAUGGAAGCGAGAGAUAGAAAGCUCAAAGGUUGAGAACGACUUCCCGACUCUGUUUUUCGACUCGGGUCUUCCACGCAGAGUUUUAAACGUAAAUAAGAAUGUGCGGGGCGCAGAAAGUUCAGUGAUUAGCGAGGGAUGAACACGACUCGCUUUGCAAACGAUUGAAACGAGUGUAAUGUGACAUGGGCUUCCAAUGAAAUCUCGAAGAGUAACUUAACACCGGAGGCUUCAAAGAGAGUCGGGAAAAUAUUGUAUUUUUAUCGUUCUACAUAGUUUUUAUCUAUUCACUAUUUGACUAGAAUUCCUUGAAGUAUGAUUUCGAGAUUUUUACUUUUGUGUGCUUAUUCGCAAGUGUUUUUGCUCGCGGCGUCCUCCGACAAUGUCUUAGAAGAUCACACGAAUAACUCAGUGUCAACGGAAGCGUGGACAACUCAAAUUAUCACCGAGAAUAUCUGGACCAAAGAGGAGACGGAGAAAAAUAAUGAAAUCCGGAGAAACAACCGAUCGAAUCACGUCCAGCACCCAUGGUAUUCCAACGUUCCUCUACUUCCCAUCAUCUUUGCGAGUUCCUCGACUUUGCCUGAUGGACCCUGCAAAGUGCAGGCUCAGCGUUAUUUGACCGCCUUGAGAAAUGGCACUCUCUGGGCCACUCAAAUGUACGAUGCAUCGACGAAGUAUCCCGAUGGUCUAAUCAACGGGCAUACGAGACAUUUUGGUGAUUUUGACGGAUGUUACAAUCUCGAAGUGAAAUUACCAGCUGCUGCUUCCCAAAAUGGGGAUAAAUUCAACGAGGAAGAAGAAAUAAGCGGUCGAUACUGUCUCGUCGAUAUCAAAUACGAGAAGCAAAAUUUACCCACACUCCGGAGAGACGAGGACCUUGACCUCGAAUUCGAUCCUAAUGAUUCUGCGUGGGAAGCUAUUCGAGAAAAAGGUGACUUUAGACGGGUCAAACGGUACUUGCUGCAAAUGGCCUUGUGCGUGCCGGAAGUCUGCAGUCAUUCCGACGUCGAGGCCGCUCUUCGGGGACCGAUGAAAACCUUUGGAAUUGAAACUGAAAUGAAUCUCGACGUCUCCGUUAAGCCACAGUUUUGUCAAGCGCGCAAAGAUGCCCCGGAAUUUUCAUUGGCUGCAAAAAUUUAUAGUUCGAUACUCCUGGGACUGAUAACGCUGGUUGUAGUGAGCACAUGGUACGACUUCACUUUGGAGGAUUACAACGAGAACGUAACAUCAACAGCGAAGGAUUUAGUCUUAUGUUUUUCGGCUCGUCGUAAUUUUAAUUCAAUCAUUGAAAUAACGAGUGGCCAUCGGGGAUUGGACACAUUGCAUUUGACUCGAUUUUUUUUCCUUACUUUGACGAUGGUUGGUCAUCGGACAGUGCAAUAUUUCACUGGCCCUGUCUUGAAUAUACAAUACAUGGAAUCGCUGUACAAGUACAAAGCAGUAAUGUUGGUCGUUGCUGGACCCCAAACGGUCGAAAGUUUCUUCGGUAUCGGUGGUCUCCUAUUGACGUACAGUUUGCUUACCGAACUUGACGCUAAAAGAAAAAUUAAUUUCCUCGGACUAAUCAUCAUCCGAUUUAUCAGAUUGACACCGUCGUACAUUUUGAUCAUUUUUUUUAAUGCCUUAAUACUGCCGUACCUUGGAUCUGGGCCUUACUGGGAGUGGAAAGUUGGACUAGAACGAGACGCUUGCUGGAAUAAUUGGUGGGCCAAUAUUUUGUACAUCAAUAAUUAUAUAGACCCGGAACACGCAUGCAUGUUCCAAUCGUGGUACCUCGCGGUUGAUUAUCACUUGUACAUUAUUGCGAUACCAGCAAUUUAUAUUUUCUGGCGGAUGCCACGUAAAUUCGGCUAUUCGUUCUUUACCGUCAUUAUUCUCGGAGGCUGCAUUAUCCCGUUCAUAUACACAUACGUUUACGACGUCCAACCACUCUACAAAGGUCUCCUAUAUAUGCAAGAAGUUCGGGACGACCCUUAUUUCACUGGGCACUACAUCGUCUCCCACGAACGGAUUACUUCUUAUUUUAUCGGAGUAUUGAUAGGCGCAAUAAUUUACGAUCACACUCGUGCACCUUGGCAAUUGGGCAAGGUUUCCUCAAACAUUUUGUUCUUUUUCGUGGUGGUUGUGUUGAGCCUUGGAACUGAGAUUACCGGACACGAAUACUAUAAUCCUAAUUCGAAUCCAACGAGUCUUAAUAAGGCCAUUUACGCUUGUUUACAUCGAGGCUUAUUCGCUUUAGCGAUAUGUUCUAUUUCAUUACUCAUUACAGUUGGACAAGGUUUAGAAUUUCACUACAAUUUUUUGACUCCAAAUUGGGCUCAACCGCUGGGCAGGUUGACGUACGGUGCGUAUCUCGUUCACACAAUUAUUCAACUCUACGACGUUGGAGUGACGAGGAGCCCUAGAGAUUUCGCCAUUCUCCACAUGUUGUGGGAUUACAUACCGGACGUGGCGUUCACGUUCUUCUUGGCAUUGCUAAUUUCAUUGGUCGUCGAGGGACCAUUCAGAAGAAUUGAAAAACGUUUUAUAUUGAAAAGAGUAAAGAGCAGUCCGUCCACAAAGUCGGAAGGGGAAGAGAAAAAAAUAAACUAGUCAUUCGUCGAUUGAUAUUGUAUAUAGUUGACUUGGUAAUAAAUUUAUAAAGAAUCCCAUCGUUCCCUUUCA